AUGCAGUUACGGCCCAGCGAUAUUGAGGUGGGCUGUGUUCUACGACCCCGUCGUGACUUGAACGUCCCACGGCCUCGCGAAGGGCGCCCUCUGCUUAAUAUCACAAUCCCCGGUAUACCCUGCCAAUGGACCAACUUGGUGGAUCGAAGCCGAAAAAUCAACCCAAGUCUUAACUGUAUCAAAAAUUGCGUUUUGAAUCCCAAGGGACAAGAACACCCUGUUGUUGUCAUUCAAAUCAAAGAAGAUAACGUCUCAUAUGUCCAAAUGACUAGUAGUCGACUCGGACGUGAUUGGGGAAGUCAAUAUUCCCCAAUCGGACACUACUUUCCUUUGAGAAGAGACGAAAGGAUACCACAUCCUCAAGAAUAUCGCUCUCGCUACUGGCUUAGAGUCCACAACUUUGUGCAUACGACCAUCGAUGAAAAUCGUGCUAGAACACGAGAGCGAACCGUUGAACUCCAGAAGUAUUCUAAAUUGCGUCUACCACAUGUCUUUACACAGCCGCUAUCCAAUUUUGAAGCAUUUGGGGGAGAAAAUUCAGAAGCAUCGCAGUAUGUCCUGGAUAAAGCUUCUUAUUAUAGAUUGAUGGACAGACUAGGCAUUGAUUCUUGUAUUGAACAGCGAAAUGAAGACCACAUGGAAUCAGCACUCCCUGCUCGCGACCAUGCUGGUAUGUGCGAUUCUCCCAAUAAAUCCCAACCUUCUUCUCACGUCAAUCUUCUAAGUGCCGUUGAAGACAAAGAUUCUAGGUCUGCUAGAAAGUUAGGUCGAUUCAUCACUGUUAAAGUGCACAAUUGGCUGAAUCGUCCGAGAUCAAUUUAG